AUGCCUCCACUGCUUGCCAUCAACAUCUGCAUUGUAUCGUCGUACUUUGAUGCAGCCGCGAUUCCUCUUUCGUGGUCUCUGUGCCCCAUGGAGGGCUACGGAAGCAUGCAGUGGGAGAAGGAGAGGUCGUACCGUCUAAUUGGUCUUGAAGAGAAGGCGCUCCGUCGCGGCUACGGACACCCCCACUGCACCGUUGCCCAGCUUAGCAUCCGACCCUCUGAUCUAGAUGCAUUACGAAACGUGGUGCGGGAGAUUUGGCUUUCCAUGAAGGAAUUGACAGAAAGACAAGAUGCGACAAUUAGUUUAGUCGCAUUAGAUGAUGGACCUUUUUUUGCCACAAGCAAAGAUGGAGAAGAGAUUCGUCUCCCCAGCAUCAGGAUUUUGCGCUCCGAGACUCUCUGUGCAUUACAUGAAAAGAUUAGUUGUGCGGUGCUCCCAUAUCAUGUGCUUCCCGCCACACUUGAUGUAGGGAAAGCCGCUUUUCAUCCGUCGUUUCCUGCUGAUAACGCGGCCACAGUGGAGUGGAUGAAAAAUUACCUCUCAGAGAAUUGCAUCGAUGCGUAUAGUCCUCAUAUCACUCUCGGUGCCACCACGGUGAAGCCGAUGACCUCUUCCUUUCUUUUCAAGCCCACCACCGUGCCCUGGAGAGAGUGUCGUCUCGUCGUCAGUCGAAUGGGUAAUUAUUGUUCUUGUUUUGAGAUAUACGAUUAA